AUGAGGAGUUCGGAGUAUCGGAGUACGGAAGGGGAUCCUUCUUUGGACCGUGCUUGUCUCAGGGAGCGAGCUCCUGGCAAAGAGCCGCAAAAGCGGAGCGAAUUCGAGACUGCCGAGGACGAGUGGUACCGCUUCGUAGACCUUGCCCUGCCUGGCGAUGCGCAAAGGAGACGGGAGGCUUCGGCCAGACGUGCUGCAACAGCAGCGGCAGCCACAGGCGGUGCUGAAGGUGUGCUGAGGUCGGAAGUUGCUCUCCAGCAGACGACGAAGUCGGUCAAGGCCCUGUCAAAGCUACUGGGCAACCAGGAACUUGGCGCAGAGAUUGUCGCCAAAGUCGAGCGCGUGUGUCGUGGGAUGCUGGAGAAGGAGUAUGCCGACGCAAACCAGGCAAGCAGCGUGGAUACCGCAAGCGCGGAUGUGCAGACGGUGCUUCGUGUUUCUUGCGAGCUGCAUCUGCUAGCUGGUCGUCCUUCGUGCAUAUCGAAGGCCCAGAUGGCAGAGGCAGAAUCCAUAGAUGACAUGGACUAUGUCAUCUCCGUGCUGAAGUCCCCGACCUGGGUGGUUCCAAUCCAGGAGUUUAUUGACCAGAAUGCCAUCCUUUUCGACGAAGCCGAGGAGUCCAUGCUGGAGCACACGGUAUGCCACAAGGAUUUCAAGGAGUUGGUGUCCAAUUUGCUCCUCUGCCACCUCAUGGAGGUAUCGAUCACUGAAGAGCAGUUUGAUCGCUUUUGCGAGACCGGCCUCACAAAGAAUCGCUCUCUGUUGCGUGGCCCGCAAGUUGAGAGCAGCAUGCAUCAAUCAGACACCGCUGCCAUUCGCCUGUCGCUUGACGAGGCAUCGCGCUCUGGCCGAACAGCUGCUGGCGGCAGAGGAUUUCCUGACAUUCAAAGCAAUGCCGCAAGCUGGCAUCUGUUUCACAGGUUGCCGGGUUGGUGGCCGGAGUCCCUGCGACUGCCUUCGCUAGAUCUGAGGAUGUCCAAGCACAACGCGGAGAUCUGCCGCGUGGUGGCGGGCGAUGAAACUGAAGGUGUCACAAACCUGGCCAAAGCUGUAGUGAUCCGUGGUCUUCACUGGUAUCGAUUUGAAGCAUUUGCGGAGGGGCUAGUGUUUAGCAGCGCUAGGUUAGUACCUCGAAGUGGUGUUUUCACAGAUGGGAAGAACAGCCUCAAUGAGGGCCUGCUUUCUACAGACGACUGGCACAUCUACGAUGACCCGCUGCUCGGUGCCGAAGUCAGCGAUGCCGUGGAUUUCUCCGCCCUGGAGGCCGAGGCCAAACGCGAAGAGGCCGAACUGGCGCAGGCCAUUGCACUCUCCCUCAGCAUCGAGGAGGAGAGGCUCAGGCAAAUGGCGGCUGACGAGGAGCAAAUUCCGGACGUGCCCAUUACGGAGACCGUUGUUGCACCACCUCCACCACCGCCUGCAGCGGGCUUCACAUCAGCUCCGCUGUGCCAUUUGCCUCCUGAACCGUUGACCACUUCGCCCCGGGCUUCCGCUGCUCCAGCUCGGCUUGUCCAAACGGAGCCCCUGAAGCUGCCUAGAAAGCCUUGGGGUUUCACCUCAGCCCCGCUCGUAUCACGCCCGCAAAGCAUACCGCCACCGCCACCACCAAGCAUGGCCACACCGGCCCCAGCCACCACCGAGCCUGCCUCUUCGAGCCCCCCAAACGACAUCCCUUCUGCGAUCCCGAGGUUGCCAGGCCGCGCCGGCUUUACCUCAUCACCUCUUUGCACUGUGCCACCCAAGCCUCGAGUAGCGGUGGGAGCUCCUGCGGAGGAUGCGCCUCCAAACCCACCGCCACCACCGGCCGAUGAAGCUGAGACCCCUUCGACCGCUUCGCGAACUUUGCCUCCUGUGCAGGCCUUCCGCAGCAACCUGCAGCUGUGGAAGCGCCGUGCUUCUGAAGCUGUGCAGCCUCUGCCAAAGCAGUUGCGGGGAGCCAGAAGCAGAAUGUUUUCGCCUCCAUCGUCACCAAAGAGUGCAGCAGGCGACUUUUGUGGCCCCUCAGAGGAAGAGCGCCAGCAGCGCGCUGACCAUCUGAGGCGGCAACGGGAUCGCCUGAUCGAGAAGCGGGCCAAGGACCGUGAGCAGCAGCUCUCCGAGUUUGGUGGUGCCGCACAUCCCGCAGACAAAGAGGUGUGGGCGGCCCUGGGCCGGCGGCGCGUGGCCGAGCUCAGCGGGGUGCAGCUGGCCAACGAGGCAGCACCCUCACAUGCACAGCCGGAGUCGGCUGAAAAGCUUCGGCAAGCACUGACCCGACAGUUGCUUCAAAGCCUGGCACAGUCCAUGGUCAGUGAUGCCGAAGUGCUGGAUGCCUACAUGGAUCUCGCCAUUGGGAACAAAGCUUGGCACACCGAGGUGCCGACUCUGAUGGAGGGCGGCAUGGAUGGCCUCACUGGCAUCGAGCGCGGGCGCAUGUGGCUCCCCGAGAGCGCCCGCACUGCUCAGCGACUGAACGCGGCCAAAGCGAAAGCCAAUGCAAUGGAUGACGAAGAGGUGCGGCGUCACGUGGUCGCCCUGCGGCGACUUCUCACCGUGGCCCAGGCUCUUUCACAAACCUUCUCAGGAAUAGACCGGGAGUGUGGCCGGAUGCCGCGGCCGUCACUCCAGUCUGUUCCUGAACUUUUGGCAGCAAGGCAUGCAGAUGCCGUCAACUACAACAAGGCAAUUGCUGCUCAAGCCCGCAUGAGCAAGUGGAUCGAGACGAUAAGUCUCCUGAGGAGCAUGGAAGACUCCAGGAAGCGAUUGGAUGUGAUCAGCUUCACCAACGCUGUCAAGGCAUGUGGCCAAGUCAGUCGCUGGGACUUCGCCCUGGGGCUCAUGGCCAUCAUGCAUGAGUUGUUCGUGACGGCAGACGCGAUCCUCUACGGAGCAACGAUCAGUGCCUGCGAGAAGGGCUGGUUUCUCGCAGCAAGUCUCUUGGGUGAGAUGAAACACGUGCACUUGCGGCGAGACGUGAUCAACUUCAACGCCAGCGUCAACGUCUUCGGCCGGGGACAUGCGUGGUUAAUGUCGGUAGUGCUGCUCGGUGCCAUGUAUUCCGAGCAGGUGGUGCCUGAUGUGUUCAGCCUGACAAGUGCAAUCACUGCGUGCGAGAGCACACGCCAGUGGGCAGUUGCCAGAGCCUUGCUAGUAGUCAUGUCUUUGCGCGCGAUGCAGUCGCACCUCCUUAGCUACAACAGCACGACUAGCGUUUGCGGCCACUCUAGCGAGUGGUCCAUGGCCUUGAGUCUCCUUGCGUGUGCAGCUAUGAAUCAGCUCAGCCCCGAUAUCAUCAGCUACAAUGCCACAGUGGAGGGAUGUGCCUGGUCUUUGGCUAUCCACUAUUUGAUGCGGUGUACUCGGAAGGUUGCACUAAGGCCAACGGCGAUUAGCUACACAGCUGCUCUCGAUGCAGGUCCGGGAGCUUCGUGGGCACACUCUCUACACCUCCUCCGCACCAUGCACCUCUCUGCUAAUGCCAUCAGUUACAACACUGCUUUGAAAGCUUUACCUGUCUGGACGUCGUGCUUGAUCCUAGUUCAGCAGAUGAAGAUCUGCCGAUUGCCGUUAGAUGCCACGACUUUGAGUUCUAUGUGUUCAAACUGGUUUGCCGCGGCAGGUCUUCUCACCACGCUGGUAGAGCAGACUCAUCAGCUGAACACGGUCAGCUUCAAUAGCAUCCUUUCCUCCAUUGAGGGUGGUGGACACUGGCAUGUCGCCACAAGCCUGGUUUCGGGACUGGAUCGAUACAGAUUGCUGCCAGACAUGCUCAGUUUCAGCUUGGCAAUCAGAGCUUGCCAAGCAGAUGGACAGGAAGCGGCUGCUUUGGAGCUCCUUCGAGGAGCGCAGGCGCUGCAGCUUUGCGACACGUUCACGUUCAACAGUGCCAUCGGCGUUUGCCAUGUUGGUGGAGAUUGGAGUGCCGCGAUCGGUCUUCUAGAGCGGAUGAUAGCGUUGGGCCUUCAGCCAGAUGUGAUCACCCAGAGCAGCUUGAUAAGCGUCUGUGAGAGAGCUGCACAAUGGAGGGUGGGACUGAAGCUUUUCUCCUCGAGCUUCGAGAAGACAGUCGAACCGGACUUGUUCUGCUUGAACGGCGCGCUCAGCACCUGCGAGAAGGCAAGGAGGCUUCAGGCUGCCUUGAGGCUCUUGCAAAGCUCCGUGGGAGCCGGAUCUUCGCGCCUUGAACCUGACGUUAUCAGCUUCAACAGCGUCAUCAGAGCAUGUGCGGAUGAUGGCCGGUGGCUCCUUGCUCUUGGACUGUUUCUGACCAUGCGCAGGUGGCUGGCACCGAAUCUCGUCAGCUACAACAGUUUAAUUAUCACUUGCGCACGAAGAGGGCGAUGGUCAGCGACCCUUGGCUUUCUCGAAGCCCUGAGAUCAGACGGGCUAGUGCCAAGCAUUAUCACCCACAGCAGUAUUGCAGCCACUUGUGCAAACUCUGGUGCGUGGAGGUGUGUUCUUGGGAGUAUGGCUGACAUGGAAACGCAGCGGGUGUUGCCCACCGCGAAAACGUACGUCAGCGCACUCAAUGCGUGUGAAUUGGCAAAGGACUGGACAGUUGCUGCGUCUCUCUUUGCUGCCGCCGGAAGGCUGGGAGUGUCAGACUGCAAGACGGGCUCGAAACGAGUCAGGGUCUGUAGCAAACUACCGGCAACAAGCCGGAGGAGGCCGUGCAACCAUUCAUGCUGA